UGUCAGCCUCUGGUUUCUGGUCCGGUUUCUCUGGCUCGGUCCCUGGGGAAGAACAUUAUCAGCCCGGGCGGCGGAGGCGGCGGCAGCAGGCAGCAGUGCGGAGUCCGAGGUUAUGCGUCUAAAUGAACACGAGGAAACGCUACGGGUCUAAGAACACGGAUCAGGGAGUCUACCUGGGUCUCUCAAAGACACAGGUGCUUCCCCCUGUAGCAGCUGGCAGUGGCAGCGGCGGAGGCGGCAGCACCCCCACCACCACCACUACGCCCCCUUCAUCAGGUCCCCCUCCUGACACCAUGUCCUGUCGAGACCGAACUCAGGAGUUCCUGUCUGCCUGCAAGUCCCUGCAGAGCCGGCAGAAUGGGCUCCAGACAAAUCGGACGACAGCUCUCAGUGCUGUCCGGCAGCGCAGUGAGUUCACUCUUAUGGCCAAGCGCAUUGGGAAGGACCUGAGUAACACUUUUGCCAAGCUGGAGAAGCUGACCAUCUUGGCCAAGCGGAAAUCCCUAUUUGAUGAUAAGGCCGUGGAGAUUGAGGAGCUGACCUACAUCAUCAAACAGGACAUUAACAGCCUCAACAAGCAGAUCGCACAGCUUCAGGACUUCGUCAGGGCCAAGGGGAGCCAGAGCGGGCGCCACCUGCAGACCCACUCCAACACCAUCGUGGUGUCCCUGCAGUCUAAGCUGGCUUCCAUGUCCAAUGACUUCAAAUCUGUUUUAGAAGUGAGGACAGAGAAUCUGAAGCAGCAGAGGAGUCGUCGGGAGCAGUUUUCCCGUCCGUCCGUGGCAGCUCUUCCCCUUGCCCCCAACCACCUUGGGGGGGGCGCCGUGGUAUUAGGGGCCGAGCCCAGGGCUGCUGGGGAUGUGGCCAUCGACAUGAUGGACUCGAGGACCAGCCAGCAGCUGCAACUCAUUGAUGAGCAGGAUUCCUAUAUCCAGAGCAGGGCAGACACCAUGCAGAACAUCGAGUCCACCAUCGUGGAGCUGGGCUCCAUCUUCCAACAGCUGGCACAUAUGGUCAAGGAACAGGAAGAAACCAUCCAGAGGAUCGACGAGAACGUGCUGGGGGCCCAGCUUGACGUGGAAGCCGCCCAUUCGGAGAUCCUCAAAUAUUUCCAGUCAGUCACUUCCAACCGCUGGCUCAUGGUCAAAAUCUUCCUCAUCCUCAUUGUUUUCUUCAUCAUCUUCGUGGUCUUCCUGGCCUGAGGCUUCCCUGCCUCUUGGGAGGAAUCAUUCCCCUCGAGCCCUGUGGCUGGGCCUGUCCAGGGUGGGGAGAGGGCAGGCGGCCAUCCCCCUGGUCCUGGGACUGACUGAGACGGCCUGUGCCCCAUGCCCCCUCCCCACCUGUGUCCUUCCUCUCCUUUGCCCAGACCAAUGUGGCUUUGGACUGCCAUGAAAGGGCGAAAGGGCAGGGGGCGCAGUGCCACGACGGAGCUCUAGUAGGAGGCUGCCUGGGCUUCUCCUGAGGCUGCUCCAUUGCUGGUGUCCCUUGGGGAGUCUUUUCCUUUGGCUUGGACACCUUCUGCCCCCCGGCCUUCUUGUGGGGGGCAGAGGGCCAGCCCUGAGCUCUCUCCCAACAGCCCAGAACCCCCCAGUGGGCUCCCGAUGACUGUGUCAAUUUGCCAAAGGCACUGUCACCCUCAUUUUGCCGGAAUUACAGCAAGAUGGUCAGCCCUCUUGGCCUUGUUCUCAUUUCAGGGGGGGGGGCGCCGCAGGGAUUGGCCUGCCCGCCCCCCACUCACUGGUGCAGUGCCAGGAGCCCAGGCUCUGGUGGAGCAUGCCAGGGGAGUGUCUGCUGGGCCCUUUUCCCUGGCAAAGGCCCCUUCUCUGCAGGAGGGCCCAGGAAACCCCAAGAACGCUUGGAGUCAGAUGUCUGGGCCCCUGCCUGGGAUGGGGUUGGGGGGAAGGCUCCCCAAAGCCUCACUGGGGUUAUGCUGUGCCUGACCACCUUCAGGCACUGCCUCCUGGCCUCCCCCUCACUCAAAAUGCUUUGGGAGCCUGAAGGGGGAGGGGGGCCUCGCAGCUCUGCCCUCGUUUCUGAUCUUCAGAUGUGUGCCUGGAGGUGGCCAAGGCAGGCAGUCCUCACAUGGGCCUCGACCCGGGACAGACCCUCCUCAGCAUCGCAGGGACCCUCAAGCUGUCUGCCCCUCCCCAGCCCCCAAAGGAUCUCUUUGGACUGAGUCCCUGCAUGCUGCUGGGGGAGGCUCCAGGGGUCCCCAUGAGGCUGGAUGUUUCCCCCCCCACUCCUUUUGUACCCUGAGGAUGGAGAGCCUCCGGGGAGCCCUCAGUGAGCCUGCAACCAGGGGGGCCCCUCUAGGGCCAGCAGGUGCUGCACCUCCACAGAUUGCACCCGAGCUCUGGGGCUGCCUCAGUCUCAGGACCUUUGACUCCUUUGUUUGGGGGGCAGCUGGGAGGUGGCAGGCCUUGGGGGGGCCUUCAUUAGCCUACUGGUCCCGGCCCCCAUCCCACCCUGGGCCUCAGGCUUGGAGGGAGAGGGAGGAUGGGGAGGAGGGCACAGGACCCGGGUUUGAAUCCCUCUUACUCCCCGUCGAUACAGAUGUGACCUCAGCCCAGUCAAUAAAAAGUUUGCCCGGCACA